AUGGCUUCCUACUACAUUACGAACCCGAACGUCGGCAACAGAGAAAGCUCGGAAGAUUGGCGGAUCCGGGGCUACAACCCUCUCACACCGCCGGAUCUGCUCCAACAUGAGAUCCCCCAGACGGCAACCUCGAAAGCGACGGUGCUGCAAGGACGCGACGACUGCGUGGCCGUGAUACAAGACAAAGACCCGAACCGACGACUAUUGGUCAUCGUUGGACCCUGCUCGAUCCACGACCCUGUCUCCGCACUCGACUACUGCGACCGAUUAUUGAAGCUGAAGGAAAAACACAAAGAUGACCUGGUGAUUGUGAUGCGGUCGUACCUAGAGAAGCCUCGCACGACGGUAGGAUGGAAGGGGUUGAUCAACGACCCCGAAAUCGACGGCAGUUUCCUCAUCAACAAGGGACUUCGGCUGAGUCGGCAGUUGUUCGUGGACCUGACGGACAAAGGAAUGCCGAUCGCCAGUGAGAUGCUCGACACCAUCUCGCCGCAGUUCCUGGCAGAUUUGCUCAGUAUCGGCGCCGUCGGGGCCAGGACCACCGAGUCCCAGCUACAUCGGGAAUUGGCGUCCGGCCUGUCUUUCCCCGUGGGCUUCAAGAACGGCACCGACGGCACGUUGGGCGUCGCCAUCGAUGCUAUCGGCGCCGUGAGACACCCGCACCACUUCUUGUCUGUCACCAAACCGGGCGUCGUCGCUAUCGUCGGCACCGUCGGCAACGAGGACUGCUUUGUUAUUUUGCGCGGCGGCACUACUGGUACAAACUAUGAUAGGGAAUCCAUUCGCAAAGCUAAAGAGAACUUGGCCGCAAAGGGCCUCAGUCCCCGUGUCAUGGUCGACUGUUCGCAUGGCAAUAGCGAGAAGAAACAUACCAACCAGCCGAAAGUCGCGAAGGUUUUGGCUGAUCAGAUCGAGGAGGGAGAGGAAGGAAUCAUGGGUGUUAUGAUUGAGAGUCAUAUCAAUGAAGGCAAUCAAAAAGUUCCUCCCGAAGGCAAAGCCGGCCUCAAGUACGGCGUCUCCAUUACCGACGCCUGCAUUGGCUGGGAAGACACGGAGCAAGUGCUCGACAUGCUGGCCACCGCCGUGCGCAAACGAAGAGAGAAACUCGGCGGCAAAAUUGUCAAUGGCGCCAGCCAUUAA